AUGUUGCGGCGCAUAGUGUCCCUCGGCCAGCAGGCCGCUGAAGGGCAAGCCGAAGCCGACGACAAUAUGUCUCCCUCGCCUGGGGAAGAGGUCCAGUCACCUCAGGACUCGAAGAACUCGGGAGGACUCGCCAGCGUCUUCAAGGGCCUUGCCAGUGCUACCAAGCUGACCAGAUCGACACCGUCUCCUGUGCAGUCCUCCGGUCCGUCCAUGAACACCAACCUUGCCGAGCAGCUUAACGAUGCCAAGGCGGUCCAUGGCCUGCCUCCCCACCAUGUGGACGCUUUUGAUCAGCUCCGGAGAGGUUCGAUCAGCGAACGGGUUGCCGCAGCCCAGCAGCUUCGACAUGCUGUAGUGGACUAUCCCCUGAACCCAGUUCUCGAUAUAUGGUACGCCGCCAAGGACAUGAUCGACCCGAGUAACGCCAGAGCUACACGGACUGCCGGAUGGGAGCUUCUGACUGCCUGCGUCAAGCACGACUCUUCAACUGAUCUUGAGCGUAAGGAGUACUUCCAGACCAUUACAGCUCCUGCACACCCCGAAGACUUCCACCUGCAGCUUGCCGCGCUCGUGGACCUGACCAACCAUGCCCGAAUCCUUUCCGGCUUCGAAUAUGACGUCUUUCCGCUGGUGACUUUCUGGCUGCGAAGCAAGUUUGACUCGGUCCGAGUAGCUAGGAAGCAGGCCUCACGGUCCAAAGGAAAAGCCGUCGCAUCUGGCGAGGACAAGGACUUCGCAGAGCUCUUUGCGUACACAACCGACCUGGUGAAAUUCAACUUUGGCGUGAUUGGCGACGAUGCUGCACGGGCUUUGAUCGACGCAAUGCUCAAGAUCUGUAUGAAUACGAGUGGUUCUGAGGACCUGAAGGCCUGCAUUGGGGUUCUGGGCGCCAUUGUGACCUUCGGCGCCAUUCCCAAUGAUAAGUUGAAGGACUGCGUCCAGGUCCUGAGCUCCAUCCAUUGUCUGGUUCCCAGCCUCCAGAAAGACUCAUGGCACGCUCUGAGCAUGCUGUGUAGGUCACACAACGGGCAUGCCGUCGUGAGGCUUCUGUUGGCGGUGCUGAAUAGCCUCCCCGCCGACGCUGACAAGAAGAAAGAGGGCAUUCGUGAAGUCCGAGGUGCACUGUCUGUGUUGCAUAAGCUCGUUUCUAAGAAUACGGAUAAGGGCUAUCCUGCUGUCCCGUACGGGCUUCUAGUCGAUGGGCUCUCAACCGUAGUCAAGACUACUGCGAGCUGGAAGAUACACUUGGAUGUAUUGCGUCUUACAAAUGUGUUGUUCAACGAUCCCAAGGGCAAUGUGAACCCGAUGCUCAGCGAUGAGGACUGGGCGGCUUUGUUCGAGGUCGUUGUCGCGUGUAUCCAAUCAUUCGUGUCUUCAGCCUCAACAACAGCUACCGACGACCUAGCGCGGUCUUCAGCCACGCGAGAAAACUCAGACACGUCCGAAGCUAUCUUGUUCAGAGAGGUUAUCGGUCUUGUAUCUCGCUUGGAGGUGCUUCUUACGGAGCAGCGCACUCUGCUGCAGCGACAGGAUUGCAUUACCUUCUUCACCAAGAUCAACAAGAUUCUCCCUGAUUCAGCUGCCACACUCGUCCUGGACUAUUUCAAACAGUUUAGGUGCUGCUACCCAUCCGACCUCGAGUGGGAAGCCAACUUGCGGCUGGUUCUUGACGUACUUUUCGCCAACCGGGCCCGCUCAUCACAGCUUCGAGUUCAGGCUCUGCAAGUAGUGACAGAAGUCUACGACAUGGUCGAGCUAGUACACGAGCAGCUCGAACCGGACUUUGUUCCAAAUUUGGUGAAGAGUCUGCUAAGGGACAUUGCGGAAGAGGUAGACAUAGAUGUUCUCCAGGAUAUUGUCUCGUUCACUACCACGAUUGCGAGUACAGCAGCUCACCCGCUCUUCAACUAUAUUAUCGAUACUCUCCACACUGUCUUGGUUGCUGAUCCCCUACGCUCGCCUGUCUCGCCACCCGCAUCCAGACCUCCUAGCGCAACGACAGCUCCCGACCAGGCAAGAGGCACAGUAGGCCAGACGCCUUCCAACGUUGUAGCGAGAGGCUAUGUACAAAUAUUCAUGCGCGUCAUGCACAGCGAUGUGACCAAGGCCAUUCGAAUAUUCCAUCUUCUGGUGGCCAUGGCCAGGACCAACACAGGCGAAACUGAUGCCCGCCUGACCGCAAUGAAGCUGUUGUUCCGACUACGUGCCGAUUGGGCAAAUCGUGUCUACAUCACCACAUUUACGGAGACCGAGAAUCUCGCGACCCUCUUGUACCGCACCGAUGGAUCCCUUGCCAAGAGGCUGAACGAAGAAACUGUCCAGGCCGGCCGACUCUCACGAGGGGAGUUAGGCGGCCCUGGUCGUGUCUCACGAGGCGUAUCGUUCGGUCAAGGCCAACCUCAGGAACGGAGUUAUUCUGACCGAAGCUUCUCUGUCAGAUCUGGUAGCAGUGCUAAAGGUGCUACCCCGAAAUACCAGCAAACCUGGUCUGCGUCAGAUUUGGACGUUCUUCCAGAAGCACCUUCACGAACGGCGAGCACCGUGUUGUACUCCGACCGGCUCAGCAAUGUCCCAGAGGACCAUGAGGAUGCUGCUGCAGUCGACGCGACAUUGCCAACCUUCGAAUGGCUUGACGCAGUCAUCGAUUUGGUUCAGCAUGGUUGUGACUGGGAGUUAUACAGUUAUCUCCUGGUGUAUCUCCCCUCUCAAUUGAGCAAUCAUGGGAUUUUCAGGGGUGCAAUCAACCAGAUCUUGGAGCUUCGCAAAACCGUAUGUGAACUGAUAAGAACGAAUAGUUUUUCAGAGCCUCCAAGCACCAUGGGACUGCGACGUGCUGAUGUGGCGAUAUGCCUCUUCCAUACACUCACUAUGGUUAUCAGCUACCACCACCACUUCCAGAAGGCCGAAGAGGAUGAGAUUGUGAGUACGUUUGUUCGGGGAAUCGCCACGUGGGAGCGCUGUGCCAAGUGCUGUAUUCACGCUCUCUCCAUCUGCUGCUACGAGCUCCCAAUGUCGACGAGCAAGGCCCUGGUAACCAUUCUGCAGAGGAUGUCCCAGAUUAUUACUCAGCCUUCGGUUGCUAUCCAUAUUCUUGAGUUCUUAGCCUGUCUUGCCAGACGUCCAUCGCUGUACGUCAACUUCAGAGAGGAAGAAUACCGCAUCGUCUUUGGUAUCUGCUCCCGGUAUCUGCAGUAUGCUAGAGAAAAGAGGCAGUCUUCCCGCAUGAGUACCGCAAGCGAUCCGACGACCCCUGUCUUUGGGACGGCCACUCUCUCCAUCGAUGGCCAAGGCCACCCGAACGCAUCUGACGAUCUCCCCCAAUACGUUUACGCGUUGGCAUACCACGUCAUCACUUUCUGGUUCCUCGCAUUGAAGAUUCCCGAUCGUGUGAACUAUGUGGGGUGGAUCACCAAGAACAUCUUCACUGAUAUCGACGGAUCUCAGGUGGCCGAAGAGCAAGCGCAAAUCACAAUUGACUUCAUGCAGCGCGUUGCGUUUGCCGAUAUCGAGGAAUCAGAGGAUGAUACCUUCUUUACGGAGGGUCACUACGGCGAAAUUACUAAGAAGAGGUGGCUGAUAGGGAACAGUAUUGUGACGGUGGAGCAAACCUUGGCAUCUGGAUGGGCGCAGAUCACGAAACGACAACCGUCCGGAACGUCGUCCUAUACCAUUAAAGAAUCGUUGAAGCCGCCCCCUGCACAUCAAGAGCGCCUCGGCAACGAGAUAGUGGGCCGGGAUGGGAAUCCAGACCGGGGCAUCAGAGUUCUUCCCAGCCAUAUCCUGAUGCAAAUUCUGUCCGCUUUGCCUCAGUGUACGGAUCAAGCGCGUCCUAUUCCUUUACCAGACGAUGAGACGGUUAACAGGGCCAUCAAGCUGUUCGACCUCAAUUCAACCGUCGAUGGCCACAAAGUCGGUGUCAUCUACAUCGGCGAGAACCAGACGCAGGAAGCCGAGAUUCUGGCAAACGUGUCUGGAAGCAGGGAAUACGUCGAGUUCCUCGAUGGACUAGGCACCUUGAUCAAACUUCAAGACGCAAAAUUCAACACGCAGGGACUCGAUCGCCAGUAUGGGAUGGAUGGAGAGUUCGCUGUUUGCUGGAGAGAUCGCGUAACCGAGAUAGUGUUCCAUGUCACGACACAGAUGCCGACGAAUCUUGAGCGUGAUCCACAGUGUACUUACAAGAAGCGACACAUCGGCAACGAUUUUGUCAACAUCAUCUUCAAUGAUUCGGGGCUGCCGUUCAAAUUCGACACUUUUCCAUCGGAGUUCAACUUUGUCAACAUUGUUAUUUCUCCCGAAUCUCGAGCCUCGUUCGUUGCUACUAGACAGAGAGCACCGAAGAGCGUGAGAGAAUCCUUUUACAACGUUCAGGUUCUAAGCAAGCCAGGCUUCCCUGAGAUCUCGCCUGCCUCGGAUACAAAAAUACUCAGCUUGAAAGCCCUUCCCGACUUCAUUCGGCUAGUGGCACUCAAUGCGUCUGUGUUCUCUCUAGUCUGGGCCAGCCGUGCGGGUGGCGAGCACAUCUCAUCAUGGCGAAACCGCUUGCGAGAGAUUCUCCGUCUGAGAGACAAGUAUGGAGCGAAAAACACCGCCCAUGGCCCAUCUCCAUCGCCCCCUGGCACAGCUCUGAGUGGACUGCCUACACUAAACGCUGCAUCUGUUCACUUCGACACGAGCAGACCUGGGAGCACCGUGCGCGAUAGUUUCAGCAGCUUACGACGGUCCUCGGUAGCUACUUUCUUCUCGAAUACGAGCGAGCCCAACACCCACUCACACAGGUCAUCAACCCUCUCCACCGCUCCCACCGAGAGCACCGAAACCAUGCAUCCCGGCAGCUGCGACACCCUUGUCGACAAACUCGACUUCUCCAAGUGGGCCUAG